UAUAUAAUUACUAGACUUGAAUGGAUCCAGGCUUGCCAAAACCUUCUUCAGAAUUUAUCGACUGGAGGAUAAAGGACAAUGGCGUUGCCAUUGUCACUAUCAACAGACCUAAAAAGUCAAAUGCUUUGACUGUCAAGAUGUGGAAAGAUAUCAAUGAUAUCUUUGAGUAUCUUAACUUCCAAGACGAGGUUAGAGCCGUUCUCCUUACAGGAGAAGGCAAGAACUUCUCGGCAGGCAUAGACCUCAUGGAUGCCAGUGAGAACAUCUUUGGACCUAUAGCUGGUUCUGACAAGGAUGUUGGCAGAAAAGGAAUCUGGCUCCUAAAUGCAAAGCUUGUCCAAGACUGGUUCUCGGCACUUGAGAACUGCCGAGUUCCUGUAAUCGCAGCUGCACAUGGAGCAUGUUUCGGAGCAGCCAUUGACCUUCUCUGCUCAGCUGAUAUGAGGUACUGCACUGAAGAUGCAAAAUUUACUAUUAAAGAAAUAGACUUUGGCUUUGUGACUGAUAUUGGAGGGCUUCAAAGAUUCCCAAAAAUUGUUGGGAAUGAUAGCUGGGCAAGAGAACUUUUAUAUACGGCAAGAUUGUUUGAUGGUAAAGAAGCCUUUGAUCAUGGAUUUGUUAAUAAAACUUUUAAGACUAAAGAAGAUCUACUGAAAGGAGCCGAAGAAUUAGCUGACGUCAUUGCUAGCAAAACUCCUAUUGCUGUUGUUGGCACAAAAGAAAGCAUAAUAUACUCAAAAGAUAACAAGAUAGAAGAUGGACUCACAUUAGUAAGAAGACUAACUCCCCCAUUGUUGCAAUCAGAAGAUGUGGCUACUGCGGGAAUGGCUGUGAUGCAAAAGAAAACUCCUACAUUUUCUAAGCUUUAA